CGCCCCACGAGGAGCACUUCCGGCUCCGCCUGGCGUUGAUCACGUGCACAAAGGCCCGAUCACCUGACUGCUCGGUCGGUGUUGGGUGCCGGAGCACCGGGAGCGGGGAGGGGCAGGGGUAGGGGAGGGGGCAGUGGCAGUAUGGCAGCGCAUCUGUCCUACGGGAGGGUGAAUUUGAACGUGCUGCGCGAGGCGGUGCGGAGGGAGCUGCGUGAGUUCCUGGACAAGUGUGCGGGCAGCAAGGCAAUAGUUUGGGAUGAAUACCUAACGGGACCAUUUGGAUUGAUUGCACAAUAUUCACUGUUGAAGGAACAUGAGGUGGAAAAAAUGUUCACACUUAAAGGAAGUCGUCUGCCUGCAGCUGAUGUUAAGAACAUUAUUUUUUUUGUCAGACCCAGGCUAGAAUUGAUGGAUAUAAUUGCUGAAAAUGUACUCAGUGAAGAUAGGCGCUCCCCUGCGAGAGAUUUCCACAUUUUGUUUGUCCCACGCCGAAGCUUGUUGUGUGAACAGCGUUUGAAGGAUCAGGGUGUUUUGGGAUCCUUCAUUCAUAGAGAGGAAUAUAGCCUCGACCUCAUUCCAUUUGAUGGCGAUCUGUUAUCCAUGGAAUCCGAAAGUGCUUUUAAAGAGUGUUAUUUGGAGAAUGACCAGACAAGUUUGUACCAUGCAGCAAAAGGACUGAUGACUUUGCAAGCCUUGUAUGGAACCAUCCCCCAGAUCUUCGGGAAAGGGGAAUGUGCAAGGCAAGUGGCCAACAUGAUGAUCAGAAUGAAGAGAGAGUUCACUGGCAGCCAGAACUCAGUAUUUCCUGUUUUUGAUACUCUCUUGCUGCUUGACCGGAACGUAGACUUGUUAACUCCCCUUGCCACUCAGCUUACAUACGAAGGACUCAUUGAUGAAAUUUAUGGCAUUCAGAAUAGUUAUGUGAAAUUACCUCCAGAGAAGUUCACUCCUAAGAAACAGGGUGAGAGUGGGAAGGAUCUCCCAACAGAAGCCAAGAAACUUCAGCUCAAUUCUGCAGAGGAGCUCUAUGCUGAGAUCAGGGACAAAAACUUCAAUGCAGUGGGCUCAGUCCUGAGCAAGAAAGCCAAAAUCAUCUCCGCUGCAUUUGAGGAAAGGCACAACGCAAAAACGGUUGGGGAGAUUAAGCAGUUUGUUUCCCAGUUGCCUCACAUGCAAGCGGCAAGAGGGUCCCUGGCAAACCACACCUCAAUUGCAGAGUUAAUCAAAGACAUUACCACUUCUGAAGAUUUCUUUGAUAAGCUAACAGUUGAGCAAGAGUUCAUGUCUGGAAUAGACACCGACAAGGUCAACAAUUACAUUGAGGACUGUAUUGCUCAGAAACAUCCAUUGAUCAAGAUCCUAAGACUGGUUUGCCUUCAGUCUGUGUGUAACAGUGGCCUCAAGCAGAAAGUGUUAGAUUACUACAAAAGAGAAAUUCUCCAGACAUAUGGCUAUGAACACAUGUUAACCUUAAACAAUCUAGAGCAGGCUGGAUUGCUAAAACCUCAAGCAGGCAGUAGAAACAAUUACCCCACCAUCAGGAAAACCUUGCGGCUCUGGAUGGAUGAUGUUAAUGAGCAGAACCCCAAUGACAUAUCCUACGUCUACAGCGGCUAUGCACCUCUCAGUGUGCGGUUAGCGCAACUGCUUGCUCGGCCUGGCUGGAGAAGUAUUGAGGAAGUCCUGAAGAUGCUUCCAGGUCCCCACUUUGAAGAACGGCAGCAAUUACCAGCAGGAUUGCAGAAAAAACGUCAACAAGGAGAAAACAGAGUUACUUUGGUCUUUUUCCUGGGAGGUGUGACCUAUGCUGAAAUUGCUGCCCUGAGAUUUCUGUCUCAGAUGGAAGAUGGAGGCACAGAAUAUGUCAUUGCUACCACUAAACUAAUGAACGGAACCAGUUGGAUAGAAUCUCUGAUGGAGAAACCUUUCUAAACCCAGCACGCCAUGCCAUCUUUGACUGGCUGUAGCAAGCAGGUGGGAUCCCAAGAAUUUGCUUCUUGGAAGCAGUUGCUAAAGGGAAGUAAAACUUAAUGGACUGAUGGCGAAAGGAUGCAGAGUUUAUGAAAUUACUGUGUAUUUUCAGCUCUGCUUUUCACUGUUGGGCUCUGGAUUCCUCUCCUGUCUCAGAAGGCAUAAAAAUAACAGGACAAUCGGCCAAAGGCCACCAUGUUCUGAGCUUGGGAUCCUCAAGAGAGGCCCCAUGGAACUGCUUCAGGGGCUCAGUUCCGUUUGGUUUGAGCUAGCUCAAGGAGAGUUAAGACAUCAGGCUCUGAUAAGAAUUGAAAUAAAAAUGGAGACUCCAUCCCCUCAUCCCUGUGCUUUGCUGCUCUCCAUCUCUGAGCUCUGCACAGAUGGCUGGGGUAAGUGUGGGCAGGCUAAGACCAGUCCAGAGACUGCUGGCCCAGGGUCAUUCUCUCCCUUCACCUCUUCACUUUGCAGGACCCAUUCUGUGCUUAACCCUUAGGAUCUCUCAGGAGAGUACUUGGGUUCUUCAGGCCUUCUCUGAAAUAAGCAAUUUCAGAGACUACCUGGGUAAAACCCGAGUUUUUGUUCUCUCUUAGCUUGUCAGCAGCAUCUCUUUAGAUGCAUGAUAAUGCUGGACCACUUAGUGCAGUCCAUAUGCUAAGAUUAUUGCAUUAGGAUAUUUAAAAUGAUAGAAGAGAAGGCAGCAGUGAUUAAAAUGCCUGCACUGAGAUGGUAGGCAGCCCUCUGCUGCCCAUCCAAGCUUCAUUCCCAGUUGAGAAUAGGAACCUCAGCAGACAGUGCCUGGGACCAAGCAACACUUAAUGCUGUUGGGAUUUCUCUUCCCUGAAAAGCCAGAAACUUAGUCUGUCGCACUCCUUUCCUGCUUCUUUCAUUCACACUUCUGUCUUCCAACCAGCCUCAGCUUCCCCCAGGUACUGCUUUCAUGGGUGGUUUCUUCAUUAUCCUAAGGCGAUUUACUUGUGUCCCUCAGCCCAUAGCUAUGUUAUUUCAUCAUAUUAAACCUUCUUGUUAAUCAGGCCUCACCCAGUGUUUUUGACACAGGAUUUUAAAUUAAACUUCUUUCUCUUGGCUACAUGUUCUCCUCUUAUAGUCAAGUCAGUUUUUUCUUGAGGCCAAGUUAAGUCAGGUUUUAAUAAGUCAUUCAGUGGAAGACUUAGAAACAUUAACUGCUUCAUUUGUGAAUAAAAAGCAACAGAUAAUUCCACAUUAAA